CUCUUGGCAAGCUGGUGGUCGCCAGCCUCGGAUUUGUCUCUCGGCUGCGCCGGCGCCGUCAUGUCAUCCACGAUGAAUUGGUUACUUCCCAUGCUGAUGAUUUUUUCCCAUGGCCUGGCCACGGCGAGCGCUCAGUCUACCACGACAGCAACUACAACAGCUGCCGACGCUACAACCACAGCUCCUGCCACUACAACAGCUGCGGAGACAACAGCUGUUGCGGACACUACCACAGCUGCGGACACUACAACCACAGCUGCGGACACUACAACCACAGCUGCGGACACUACAACCACAGCUGCGGACACUACAACCACAGCUGUAGACACUACAACUACAGCUGCGGACACUACAACCACAGCUGCGGACACUACAACCGCAGCUGUGGACACUACAACCACAGCUGCGGACACUACAACUGUUGCGGACACUACAACUACAGCUGCGGACACUACAACUACAGCUGCGGACACUACAACUGUUGCGGACACUACAACUACAGAUGCGGACACUACAACUGUUGCGGACACUACAACCACAGCUACGGACACUACAACCACAGCUGCGGACACUACAACCGCAGCUGCGGACACUACAACCACAGCUGCGGACACUACAACCACAGUUGCGGACACUACAACCACAGCUGCGGACACUACAACCACAGCUACGGACACUACAACCACAGCUACGGACACUUCAACCACAGCUGCGGACACUACAACCACAGCUGCGGACACUACAACCACAGUUGCAGACACUACAACCACAGCUGCGGACACUACAACCACAGCUACGGACACUUCAACCACAGCUGCGGACACUACAACCACAGCUGCGGACACAACCACAGCUGCGGACACUUCAACCACAGCUGCGGACACUUCAACCACAGCUGCGGACACUACAACCACAGCUGCGGACACUACAACCACAGCUGCAGAAACUACAACCACUGACAGUACGACUUUCACUGAGGGCACUACCAGUACAACCACUGACAGUACGACUUUCACUGAGGGCACUACCAGUACAACCACUGAUAGUACGACUUUCACUGAGGGCAAUACCAGUACAACCACUGACAGUACGACUUUCACUGAGGGCAUUAUCACUACAACCACUGACAGUACGACUUUCACUGAGGGCACUACCAGUACAACCACUGACAGUACGACUUUCACUGAGGGCACUUUCACUACAACCACUGACAGUACGACUUUCACUGAGGGCGUUACUUUCACUACAACCACUGACAGUACGACUUUCACUGAGGGCAUUACCACUACAACCACUGACAGUACGACUUUCACUGAGGGCGUUACUUUCACUACAACCACCUCCACAACGACCACUGAGGCAACGACCACUACAAGGAAGCCCUGUAGAAAAGGCUGCAGGAGAGGACGCAGACUGUUACUUCAGAUCAUGCAAAAAGCAUCACUCGGUUGUGAUAAACCGUAAAUCGCAUCAGGAGGUUGCUUCUGUUUCGUGAAUCAGGAGUUCGCUAAAUCUAAUGGUAUGAUGAGCUCCGAAUAAAGAAAAUAAGAAGAA